AAUUUGAACCCAAGACACACAGACAUUUUGACGGAAGGAAAAGGGAAAAGUACAAAAUAUCAGAACAUAUCAAGAUGGCAGUGAAUGUGUUCAGUACCAAUGCUACAACAGAGAACCUGAGCAGACAUGAAAUCUUAGCCUGGGUGAAUGAUUCCCUAGAUGCCAGCUUUGGAAAGAUAGAAGAACUGUCUUCUGGUGCACCGUACUGUCAAUUCAUGGACUGCCUAUUUGAAAGCACGUUACCAAUGAAAAAAGUUAAAUUCACAACAAAUUUAGAACAUGAAAAAAUUAACAACUUCAAGCUAUUGCAAACUAGUUUUGCAAGAAAUAAGGUGGAUAAGGUUGUCCCAGUAGAAAGACUAGUAAAAGGAAAGUUCCAAGACAAUUUUGAAUUUGUCCAGUGGUUUAAAAAGUUCUUUGAUGCCAACUAUAGCGGUCAAGAAUAUGAUGCCGUGGGUGCGAGAGGUGGUGUAGGAAUGGGUGGAGGGGGUCCAGGGGGUCCAGGUCCCAAGAAGGCCACUAGUGCUUUUAACAAACCCCCUACAACACGAGCCCCCAGACCAGGAGCACCUAAAGCAGCCCCAGCAAAAGCUGCCCCAAAAACAUCUCCUUCUGCGGGACUUGUACGAAAAACCGCAGGUGGUGCUGGUGAUUCUGCUCAAAUAGAAUCAUUAACAGCACAAGUUUCAGAACAAAAAUUUACAAUAGAGGGACUAGAAAAAGAAAGAGAUUUUUAUUUCGGAAAAUUACGAGAUAUCGAAGUCAUGUGUCAAGAAUCAGACCAGUUGGAAACCCCUCUAAUAACCAGUAUAUUGAAUGUAUUAUAUGCCACUGAGGAUGGUUUUGCUCCUGCCGAGGAUGAAGCAGCAGAAGAGGAGGAAUUUCAUUAAAUGAUGGAUUUGCAUCCCCAGAAGAGGAUGGAGAAGUGCCAGCGGGUGAACAGGGAGUUGAAGAGGAAGAAACAUACUGAACACAACGAACUGAUAUGUACACCUGAACUUCACAAUAUAAUGAUAAUAUAUAUAUAUAUAGACUAUAUGGCAAGGGUAGAGCAACAAGGAAACCUGUUUCAAUUAUAUGUGAUACACACCUUAACAUUUGUCAUCAUUGUCACACAGACUAUAGUCAUAUUGUUGUGCCAUCUUAUGCCAUCACUAUAGAUGGCGAUGACUAUAUGCUGACCUUAAUUCGAAUAAACAUAGAAGCCAGUUUGCUGUAGUAUUUUCCUGGAUUGGAGUGUUUCUUAUUUGCUGGAGUACACUUAUUGUUUUCUUUUAUUGAACUUUCAUCUUUGGAAAUGCUUUAGGUAAACAAUUGUGUAUUUUUCAACACCUCACUUCAAGAUUGCAACAUUGAAAACUGUACCUUUAUGCUGUGUAGCUUUGAUAUGCAAGUCUUUAUUUAUAUGUAUCAUUUAGUUUCUCAUUCAUUUCUGUCUAAUUCUACUCUCAAAAUCAAAAAUGUGUUGCCUAAAUGCAACCCUAAAUAUAAUGUACAUUGUACAAAUCCGUGUCAUUGAAGUUUGUAUAUACAGGG